CGCAUUAUAAUACAAUAUUUAAAUCGAAAAAAAAUAAAAUGAUUGAUUGAGCGGUAGACAUUAGCAGCAGCUUAGAAAGAAAAACACGAAGAUUUUGAGCGGUUCAAACGAAAAACAAAACAAGUAACAUAGGAAUAGGAGUGGAGGAAUGAGGAUUCAACAAAGAGAAAGAGCUUUCGUUCCAUCCAAACGUAGCGGGAUGCUUGCAUUCUCCCUCUUCGUCUUUUCUUCCCUAAUCCUCCUCGUUCAAACCUCUUCUUCAUCCCAUAUUUUCGACCCCGACAUCAACCUCUUCGGAGAUGCCCACGCUAUUGUCUCCGACGGCACCACCCGCGUGGCUCUCACGCGCCCUUCGCCUUCCUCCUCCGGCCUCCUCCUCCGCCGCAAGUCUUUCCCUUUCUCCCACCACACUUCCUUCUCCACUCACUUCUCCUUCUCCGUUUCCCCCGCCGCCGGCGAUGGCCUCAUCCUCGUCCUCGUUCCCGGCGAUUUCUCCGGCGCGUUUCGCGGGAACGACUCCUUCGGGGUCUCUCUCGAUAGCAAGUACGUCGCCGUCGAGUUCGAUACGUCGAAGGAUGACAAUGUGGGUGAUGUGAAUGCGAAUCACGUUGGCAUUGAUGUGGGAAGCCUCGUGUCUGUGGCCGUUGCGAAUGUUUCUUCUGUGAAUUUGGUUCUCAACAGUGGAGAAAAGUUGAAUGCUUGGGUUGAUUACGAGGGUCGUUCUAAGGUGUUGGAAGUUAGGUUAAGCAAAUGGGGAGAACCAAGAUCUUCUCUUCCUAUUGUUUCUCAUUCCAUUGAUUUGUUUGAGAUAUGGGGUAGGAAUACUGUGUUUGUGGGUAUAAGCUCUUCCAAUGGUGCCAAUUCGGUGCAGGUUGUUAGUGUUUAUUCUUGGAAGUUUAGUUUAGGGAAGAUUUCAAGUUCUUUGCAUUCUCUACCUGCGGAUCCUAGAAAUUUCUCUGAUCAUGGUGUUAAUGAUGAGAAGAACAAGUUUUGUACCUUAACAGUUCUUGCUAGGGUGAUUUUUGGAACCGGGUGUGUUGCUUUGGUCACGUUUAUGGUGUUGUUUAUGUGGGUGAUAUUUUUCCAAAGGCGUGAAGAAGAGUCUCUUGUGAAAAUCCCUGGCCAUCCUGUCAGGUACGAAAGGAUUGAUGUGGCUGUUGAGAAGAAUGCUGGUGAUGAUGAAAGUUAGAGCAUAGGUGAUGUUGUUAAUAGAUUUUCUUAGAUGAUGUUGUUUUGUUGUUGUUGUUGGGUAUGUAUGUGAUGUGGAGAACACUUUUGU